AUGUACCAAUUGACCCUAGAGUGGGAUCCGAUGCCGGAGCCUAAUCCAGAACAGACAACAUCCAUCUUUUCGUUGAUGACAUACAUCUUCAAGGACGACAUUAUUCACAAAGGGUACAUAGUACCUCAUUUGACUGUCGAACAGCUGCCUCCUCUCACGGAUUAUGAUCGAGCAUCGGUCUUGACGGGUCGGGCCAUUCCUCAUAUGGAUGUUUUUAUGGGAGCAAAGCGGCGGGAUUUAUUCUUUUCCUUGAUGGGCGUCUUUCAUAAGGCAUACUCUCUUCUCGCAUUAAUGGUGGCCGUCCAGUCGCUAUGCAGCUUUGCGUCACCUAUAGGAAUAAAUCGAAUUCUUCGAUACCUAGAGACCGACGGCGCCGAUGCAGAAAUCCAUCCAUGGUUCUGGAUAUCAGGGUGCAGACCGUCAGUGAGGCGUCGAACGUUCUUCGAGGAGGAGCUUGGUUGGCUCUGGAAGGUCAAGCUCUACGAUGUUGUGACCAACUUGUUAAGCUACUCCAUCCCUGCGUUUACUAUGGUGGCUACAUAUGGGACUUAUACCCUUAUCAUGAAGCAAGAGCUCGCUCCGUCUACGAUCUUCUCCAGCAUGGCUGUCUUUGGGAUCAUGCGAGAGCAAUUUCAAAGGACUGUCUAUCAUGUAUCAAUCCUUAUCCGAGGCAAGGUGUCUCUAGACCGCAUGAGCGACUUUCUUCAGCAUACCGAACUACUAGAUGCUUUCAGCAAGAAUGACCUGGCGUCGGAUGUUCCAGCUGUUGCUCCGAGCAAUGAUCUGGUUGGCUUCAAGGAUGCGAUGUUCACUUGGUCGAAGGAGGGCAAAGAAGAUUUGAGAUUUAUCAAUCUGAUCAUCGGUCCAACCGGCUCGGGAAAGACAUCCAUCUUGAUGGCGCUGCUCGGGGAAAUGCACUUCAUCUGGAUGGGAGCCGAUUCGUGGUUCAGCCUUCCUCGGUGUGGUGGUGUAGCUUACGCUGCGCAAGAAUCUUUGGUGCAGAAUGACACUAUCCGCAACAACAUCCUUUUUGGCUCUCUGUACGACGAAGAGCGAUACGAGAAAGUGGCGGUCAGAAGGCACGAGUCUAAGGCACGAGUCACGUUGGCGAGAGCAAUCUAUUCGCCAGCGGAGAUUAUCCUUCUAGAUGAUGUCCUUGCCGCAUUGGAUGUCCAUACUGCAUCGUGGAUUGUCGAGAAAUGCUUCUGCGGAGACCUCGCUCGAGGAAGAAUAAUUCUCCUAACUACAACCCACAAUAUUGCCCUGGUUGGCUCCAUUGCUAACCGGGUUGUCUCUAUCGGCCUCGAUGGGUCAAUCCAAGUACAAGACACCGAAGUUGACGCUACCUUGUUGAAUGAACCUACAUUGAUCGCAGAAGUAGGACCAGACCAAGCGACGAAAAACGAAGAGCUUCAAAUCCCUACAUCCAAGGCAGCCAAUGGAAAACUCGUCAUGGCAGAAGACGUUGCCAUGGGCCACGUAACUCGGAGGUCGUUCCGUCUAUUCCUUGAAAGUCUAGGAGGAAAGCAUCCUAUGCUCUUUUUCUUGACAUUUGUUGGCGGAUUUGUAGCAACAGAGUUCAUUUCGACUUUCCAGACCUGGCUCCUGGGCUUCUGGGGCUCUCAGUAUGAGGGGCACGAUCCUUCUGAAGUCUAUGUUCCUUUCUACCUUAUGCUAUACUGUGUCCUCGUGCUCCUCAUGAUCAUAACGCUUGCUCUUUCAAAUAUGAUCUUCGUCACUGGGGCGAUGCGAGCUGCCAAAGUAAUCAACACUCGGCUAAUGGAUUCAAUAUCUAGCAGUACUUGGAGAUGGCUGGAUGAGACACCAACAGGGCGGAUCAUUACUCGCUGCACUCAAGAUGUUCGAAUCGUUGCCGGAACAAUCCCUCAGAUGCUUUCUCUUGUCGUUGAAUGUGUCCUUUCUAUGCUCGUCAAGCUGGCUGCUGUGGUCCUCUUUACCCCGGUCUUCUUCUCUCCAGGAAUUGCAAUUGCGGCUUGUGGCGUAUAUCUCGGAAACCUGUACAUGAAGGCUCAGUUAUCUGUGAAACGCAACACAAGCAAUGCAAAGGCUCCUGUGUUGUCGCAUUUCAGUGCCUCUGUUGAUGGCUUAGUCUCCGUUCGAGCGUACGGCACCCGGGAAGCCUUCAAACGCGAAUCACUCAAUCACAUCAACCAUUACACCAGAGUCGCGAGCAUAUUUUGGAACCUCAAUCGAUGGGUAGCAACGCGUAUUGAUGCCCUCGGCGCUAUAUUCACGAGUGCACUCGUAGCCUAUUUGGUCUAUAGUCCGAGAGGAGUUGGGGCGUCUAAUAGCGGCUUUUCCCUCGGAAUGGCAGUUGAAUUCGUAAAGAGUACUUUCUGGUUGGUUCGCGUUUUCAACGAGCUUGAGGUACAAUCCAAUAGCCUCGAACGGAUCCAAGGCUAUCUUGACAUUAAUCACGAACCCCAACCUAGUGCUUCUGGAAAGCGGCCUGCAGCUUGGCCGACAAGCGGAGACCUCCGUGUCGAAAAGUUAUCUGCACGUUAUUCAGCUGCUGGUCCUAAAGUGUUGCAUGAUAUUUCCUUCCACGUCAAUUCUGGUCAACGAAUUGGCGUAGUUGGCAGGACCGGAAGUGGGAAGAGCUCCUUGACGUUAGCACUUCUGCGCUGCAUCCUGACAGAUGGUACCGUCUAUUACGAUGGUAUUCCAACCAACGAGAUCAACCUGGAUACUCUGAGGUCAAACAUAACGAUUAUUCCCCAAACACCCGAACUUCUCAGCGGCACACUGCGCGAGAAUUUAGACCCCUUCGGAAGCCAAGAUGAUGCCACCUUAAACGAUGCACUUCGCGCUGCUGGCUCAUUCUCGCUUCAGGAGGAGGCCGGAGAGGCCCAUAUCAACUUGGACAUGAAGAUCGCAGGGGGUGGCGCCAUUUUAUCCGUUGGUCAGAGACAGAUCCUCGCACUGGCCCGUGCCAUCGUUCGUCAAAGCAAGCUUCUCAUUUUGGACGAGGCUACGUCCGCCAUUGGUCAGUGA